AUGGCCUCCACUACUUCAUCGCCACUACCUCAGGAUUCAGCUACACCACCAUCGAUGUCCCUGCCUUCGCUCUUGAGGGCCAAACUCCGUCCGACCCGAGGAAACCCAAAUUCAGCCAUAAACUGGUCACCACCACCAACAUCAAGACUAAGGCCACCAUCAUUGGGCUCACAGAGGUCACCAUUACUUUCACCGCCGACGCAGUCAUCCCUGAAUUCAACCAGGGACUAUCUCAGAAGUAAAGCCAUGGAAAUCCUGGAAUCACCAGAUACCUUACCUCUUACUUGUCUUAUUGAAGAGCUUAACUUCCCUGAAACCUCCACUGAUUUAAUGUAUGCCCAAAACCUCUUGAAUUACCUUAAAAACAAUUACCUUACGUCCUUCUGUUUUUGCCUUGUUUCUUUCUAUAAGACUUGCGGCUCUGAAUUUGGAAACUGCAAGGAGUAUGCCUUUGAUAUUCUAUGCCAGAUUCUGACAGAAGGUAAGGAAGGACCUUGUCAAGAAACCUCUUUCUUGGAUAAAGAAAUCAAAUCUGCAAUUCUUGAUUUUUUGAAUACAGAGAGUUCAAUAAAGAAUUUGAAUAAGAUUCGCGAUUUUGUCGCCAAGAUUGCCACUAAAGAAGUAAGACUUGGAAAUGAUUGGCCUGAGCUUCUUGAGUUUGUUUAUGAAUCUUUGGAUUCUGAUUCUGAAGAAAAAGUGAAGUAUGCUGUUUCUUUGCUUUAUAAGUUGAUUCCGCAUUGUGCUGUCGAAGAUCUGGUUGUUAGUCCUGAUUCCUUUUAUGAUAGUUUAGUGGAUAUAUUUGAUUCUGAUUAUAUGAGUUUAGAGGUACAGGUUGAGGCAGUUCUGACCUCAAAUCGUUUUCUCUUGUACUGGACGAAUCGAUCGAAUCAUGAUAGGUAUAGUGUCCUUAUGAUUCAAAUAGUGGAGACCAUUUCCACUUUGGUUGAGCAUAAAUCAGACAAAGAUGUACAGGCGGUAGUUAAGGAAUUGACUGUGUUGACAAAGGAGAAGCCAUGGACUUUGAGUAGCCAAUUUGAUUAUGUAGUUCUAUCUGUGCUUAGGAUCCUAGGUGAAGUCGAACUCCAAGACAAAACAAGAAUUCUUGCACUAGAAUUUGUGAUUGCUUUAGCUGAAGAAAGAGUUCAGGGUCGACAGAUGUUGCUAGGAUCGCAAUUCGCAAUCCCAAAGUUUCUUGAAAAGAUUUUGCUUCUGCUAGCAAAUUUGAAAGAUGACUCAGAAUGGGGAACUGCGGAGAGUGAUACACAGAAUCUGCAUUCGGUAAGGUGCUUGGAUAGAAUUGUAGCCGCCUUAGGUGGGGAAGUUCUUAUGAGGUAUUUCCCCCGAUUAUUUGCAAUUAAUUUUUGUGCUGAAGAUUGGCAGAGCCGCCACGCUGCGGUUCUUUCCCUUGGCAUUGUUGCAGAGAGAUGCUCAAGUCUAAAGGAGUCGAAACACAGUUGGGAUCAAAUGGCAGGAAGAAUUAUAAGAAGUGUCAAAGAAGACAUGCACCCUUGUGUGCGUUUGACAGCUUUAUAUACAAUUAAACAAUUUUCCAAGAAUUUGAAACCUGAAUUUCAAGACCAGUAUCGUGACCAAGUUCUUCCUGCAUUAACGAAAGCCAUGGAUGAUUUCAAUUAUCCCCGCGUUCAGGUGCAAGCUUAUUCAGCAUUGUUUGAAUUCACCUCGAACUGCACUCCAAGUAUUCUAAAUCCUUACCUAAAAGAAAUUGUCACCAAAUUGCUCAAAGAAUUAAGGGAAGAAAAGCACAUGAUCAAGGGUGAAACUUUGAAAGUAUUGUCAGCAGUUGCCUAUUCAUCACAGGUACUUCUUGAUAGUCUCUUAAUCUAA